UCCCUCCCCGGGGCCGCCGCCACCGCCUUCCCCGCCUCCUCUGCCAGUGGCGUAGCCGGCUCGGCGUCGCGGCCCCGGGUAGCGGCGGAGUGCGGAGCCCGCCGGAGCAGCGGAGGGCCAUGGAGAAAGCGGCCCGGGGCACCCUCCGCACCGACUAGAGCAGGUCCGCCGCGGCCGCCGGCACCAUGGACCGGGCUCCCGCAGACCAGAAUGUCAAGCUCUCGGCGGAAGUAGAGCCGUUCGUCCCCCAGAAGAAGACUCCGGACCCGUUCCUGAUCCCCAUGGCUCUGCCGGGUGACGGGGGCGGCGUGGCUGGUGUGGAGCCGACUCCCAUUCCCAGCUACCUGAUCACCUGCUACCCAUUCGUCCAGGAAAACCAGUCUAAUAGACAGUUUCCUUUAUAUAAUAAUGACAUACGAUGGCAGCCACCCAGUCCCAGCCCUGCUGGACCAUACCUUGCCUACCCCAUUCUGUCUGCUCAGCCGCCUGUGUCUGCGGAGUACACGUAUUACCAGCUGAUGCCAGCGCCCUGCGCCCAGGUGAUGGGCUUCUACCACCCUUUCCCUGCGCCAUACUCCAGCGCUUUCCAGGCCGCCAACGCGGUCAGUGCUGUGGCCGCAGAGCGCGCCGAGCGCCCCAGCCCGCUGGGCCAGGUCUUCCCGCUGCCCGGCCACCGGAGCCGGGACAGCAGCCGGGGGCCCGCCACUCCAAAACAACAGCUUUUACAACAGCACAUAAAAAGCAAAAGGCCACUGGUGAAAAAUGUCGCUACUCAGAAGGAAACUAAUGCAGCAGGUCCCGAUAACCGGUCCAAAAUCGUGCUCCUGGUGGACGCAUCACAGCAGACUGAUUUCCCGACCGACAUUGCGGACAAGUCCCUGUCGGAGAGCACGGCUGCCAUGCUGUGGAAGACCAAGGGCAGGAGGAGAAGAGCGCCUCACCCCGCAGCUGAGUCCUCUAGCGAGCAGGGCGCUAGUGAGGCCGACAUUGACAGUGACAGCGGUUACUGCAGCCCCAAGCACAACAACCAGCCCGGGGCCGGGGCCUUGAGAGGCCUGGAUCCAGGGACUGCAGGUCACGGGGAAUCAUCUAUAUGUUCAGGUGGUGUAAAUUGGUCCAAUGUAACUUGCCAGGCAACUCAGAAAAAACCUUGGAUGGAAAAAAAUCAGACAUUUUCUAGAGGAGGAAGGCAAACUGAACAAAAGAAUAAUUCACAGGUUGGAUUCAGACGCCGAGGACACAGUACUUCCUCAGAAAGAAGACAGAAUUUGCAAAAGAGACAAGACAAUAAUAAGCAUUUAAACCCUUCUCAGUCCCAUAGAAGCGACCCAAAUCCUGAGUCUCUAUAUUUUGAGGAUGAAGAUGGGUUUCAACAGCUAAGCGAGAACAGCAAUGCUAAGGAUGAGAGUAUUCAACAGAAACUUUCUUCAAAAGUACUGGAUGACCUACCCGAGAACUCACCAAUCAAUAUCGUUCAGACGCCCAUUCCCAUCACCACCUCCGUCCCUAAACGUGCAAAGAGUCAGAAGAAGAAAGCGCUGGCAGCGGCCCUCGCCACAGCGCAGGAAUAUUCAGAAAUCAGCAUGGAGCAAAAAAAAUUACAGGAAGCUUUAUCCAAAGCAGCUGGGAAAAAAAACAAAGCCCCCGUGCAGCUGGACUUGGGGGACAUGCUGGCGGCCCUGGAGAAGCAACAGCAGGCCAUGAAAGCGCGGCAGAUCACCAACACCAGGCCCCUGGCUUGCACUGUGGUUACCACGGCUGCUUUUCACCCUAAAGACUCUGCCAGCAGAAAACCUUUAACCAAGAGUCAGCCCUGUUUGACGUCCUUUAACGCUUUGGACAUUACUUCCUCUAAAGCGAAAAAAGGAAGAGAGAAGGAAAUUGCAAAGCUAAAAAGACCCACAGCACUUAAAAAGGUUAUUUUGAAAGAAAGAGAGGAAAAGAAGGGCCGCUUAGCAGUGGACCACAGUGUCCUGGGGGCCGAGGAGCCUGCAGAGCCGCCUCUGGAUUUCAUGGACACCCUGCCGCGGGAGGGCCCCUCCCAGGAAGAUGCCGGACUGAGCAUGCCCAGCGAUACCUCGCUCUCUCCAGCGAGUCAGAACUCCCCGUACUGCAUGACGCCUGUGUCCCAAGGCUCUCCUGCCAGCUCCGGGAUCGGCAGCCCCAUGGCAUCUUCCACAAUAACCAAGAUCCACAGCAAAAGAUUCAGAGAAUACUGCAACCAGGUUCUCUCCAAAGAGAUCGACGAGUGCGUGACGCUGCUCCUGCAGGAGCUGGUCAGUUUCCAGGAGCGGGUCUACCAGAAGGACCCCGCGCGGGCCAAGGCCAGGCGCCGGCUGGUCAUGGGGCUGCGGGAGGUCACCAAGCACAUGAAGCUGAACAAGAUCAAGUGUGUCAUCAUCUCUCCCAACUGUGAGAAGAUCCAGUCCAAAGGCGGCCUGGACGAGGCACUCUAUAAUGUGAUCGCUAUGGCUCGGGAACAAGAAAUUCCUUUUGUGUUUGCCCUUGGGAGAAAAGCUCUAGGGCGCUGCGUGAACAAGCUGGUUCCCGUCAGUGUCGUGGGGAUCUUCAACUACUUCGGCGCAGAGGGCCUGUUCAAUAAGUUGGUGGAGCUCACGGAGGAGGCCAGGAAGGCGUACAAAGACAUGGUCGCGGCCAUGGAGCAGGAGCAGGCCGAGGAGGCCCUAAAGAACGUGAAGAAGGUGCCGCACCACAUGGGCCACUCCCGGAACCCCUCUGCGGCCAGCGCCAUCUCCUUCUGCAGUGUCAUCUCCGAGCCCAUCUCUGAAGUCAACGAGAAGGAGUACGAAACAAACUGGAGAAACAUGGUGGAGACCUCAGAUGGGCUGGAGACGUCUGAAAAUGAGAAGGAGGCUUCCAGCCAACAGUAUACUUCUGGCAAGCCUAGCCGGCUCCCGUCCACCCUCAGCUCCACAGCAAAGCAGCCGGCCCUGAGCCUCUUGGCCAUGGGCAGUGCUGCCUCUGCGCCGGGCCUGGGGGUGCCCAGCUCCGCGAAGGCUGCAGCCUGCGACAAGGAGGAGGCGAAGCCCGACGAGCUGGAGUGGGCCUCGCAGCAGAGCACGGAGACUGGUUCCCUGGAUGGCAGCUGCCGGGACCUGCUCAGCUCAUCCAUCACCAGCACCACCAGCACGCUGGUGCCCGGCAUGCUUGAGGAGGAGGACGAUGAGGACGAGGACGAGGAGGAAGACUAUGGCCACGAGCCCAUCUCAGUGGAGGUGCAGCUCAACAGCCGGAUUGAGUCCUGGGUCUCGGAGACCCAGAGGACGAUGGAGACGCUGCAGCUGGGGAAGAGCCUGGCGGGGCCUGAGGAGGAGCACGCGGAACAGAGCUCUGGGGAGGACGCCGAGGCUCCUGAGGGGCUGGAGCAGGGGCCAGAUACCGAGGCCUGGACUCCAGACCACCAGGCCACACCCGACCCACAGAAGCCUAGCGGCUGCAGCCUGAUAAGCCAACAGCCUGCAGAGCCAGGUGCCGUACCCCAGCACGCCUAACUCAGGAACUGCUCCCACCCAGGAGUCACCGGCCGCAUCGUACUUGCCCUGCGGCCAGCUGCUGGCCGGCUGGGCGUUUUGUAGCACUUACUGUCUGGCCCACUCUGGAGCUUAGCUUUUCAUUUGCAUCUGGGUGUCUUUGUAAGAAUCUCUGGGGAAUUCCCAUCUGUUUCGACUUCUUUUGUAAUGAGGAGUAGUGAUUAGAAAGGAGGACCGGUGUGAGGAAAAGAGAUGCACAGUGCCUGUUUCCAUCACCCUGAAAGCUGGAGAUCAGGUUCUGAGGAUCAGUGCUGUUCCCCGCAUUGGUUUCAGGGCUGCUUCCUUCACUCUAGCUGUCUGAUCAGAAAGUCGUUUGGGCAUCUUGUAAAAAGGGCUGGUGUUAGGGUCAGAGGCCAAGUAGGCCGUGGGCAGCAGGUCUGCAGGAGCCCAGGCUGCCCCCUCUGAUCAGCACUGUCCCUGAAGCUGGAGGGGCUCCCAGACUUCGGCAGGCAGAGACCACCAGGAGCCCAGGGCAGCCUUGAGGGGAGAAGGGGCAGGUGUGCCCCCAGGCAGUCGGUGUGGGGGCGGCUGCACCCCGCUGCCCUCUUACUUCAGGGGCACCCUCGGCCUUAGUCUGUUUUCGUGAAGACGUGGAGGCCUCCUGGGGUGUGCCACGGACAGGGUGACUAUAGUCAGCCCGUCCCAGGCCCAAACCCACUUCAUCUCUUCUCAGAAUAUGCAUUUCGUGCCUGGCCUUGGGCACCCUCCAUGUGGCAGUGACCGUGGUUACUGACAGGAAGUCAGGGAAAGGAAUUUUGCACAACUUCUAAGGUUAUCCUGAUGAUUGAGGCUUAGAAGAGGAGGUUUUAAAAGAAAAGAGAAAGUCGUUUUAAUUGUGCUGAACCUGUAGAUGACGUGGAGAAGGCACGUGUCCAUUUCCUAGGCGUUGAUUUCCUCUGCUCUUCCAGGAAGGCGGCUCAUGCUGGACAAGCCCAGCGGUGCUGCUUGAGGUGGUUCUGCCGUGCUUGUGCGGUCCUGACCUGUCCGGGGAUGUGGUGCCCUCGCCGCCCGGAGUGGCCCAAGCUCUGUCUCCCGCUCCUCCUCCAGCCCAGCGGGCCCACCUGUGCGUGCAGCCAUGCAGCUCAGGGGGCAGGUCUGGGGUUGGUUCUUCCAGAACUCGCUGCCCCCUGGGCUGCGGCGGCUUUGUAGUGACAGUGCUGGCCACACUGUGGACCACCUGGGAGCUCUGCUGCGCCCUCCACCUUCCUGUGCAUAGCCGGCUGUGAGGAAUGAAGCCUCAGAGAUGGUCCCCGCGGCGGAUCUUACUGUCCUCAUGUUCGGAAGCACCAGUGCAUUGAAACAAGUGACAGGUUUUGAGCACUGCCAGCCCAAGAGUGGGCUACGCACCUUCCCCGCUGUCCUGCCUGCUUUCCUGGGCUCAGGGUCAGUGAGUCUAGGAGUCUUGAUCUUAGGGAGGGACUUCCGUAGGGCUCUUACACUUUCUCUGUCUUCUGGAUGUGAAUUGUCACUUUUGAUUUUCGACAUUUGUAUCAAAAGAGAAGGGGAGGAGAUCUCCCGAACACCAGGGACCUGGCGGUGCUGCGGGCUGGAGAGGGGUGGCUGUGAUUUCCACAGCCGCCCCUCUGCCAGCUCCCCAUGCAUGGGACCAUAGCCUGCUGCGUGACAGCAGAGGGGCCGAAAGGGAGGCUGUCCUUACUGUCUGUUCCCGUUAGAUAAGCUUUGGGAUCUGUGUACAUAGGGUUACAGGCUUUCCGCAAGUGUGCAGAUUCGGGAAGUUUUCACUAGUUUUGGAUGUUGGUGUGGUUCACUCUUUAGAGACCUAGGAAGAGAUCCAGUAGGAAGACAAGAUUGAUCAGUACAAAAAUGAAAACAGUGAUUUUUUUUCUUGGUGUGUAGAAGUUGUUUCAUUGGCAAUAAUAAAUGUGAGAUUUCUAUUUCAAUACACAAUAUAAGACUUAAGUUAUGGAUUCCACACCCAACUUAGAUUUUUGCUUCAGUAGAUUUCUUUGUCAUGAAGAUUACUUCUCAAAAGACAGAGAUGUUCAUAUUAGCUUAGUUUUUGGUUUAACGAUGUUUAUAAAUGAUGUAAUAUAUUUCUUUUGACUAAACAUAGAAAAAUAAUGUGUUAUACAUUGAAAAGUUUUUACAGGCUUUGAUUGGAGGUCAUUUUUGCAGAGAUGGUAUUUUAUAUGCUUCCAGUAUUUGGAAAAGAAUUAGUCAAAAGGAAUUCACAUAGUUUAAAUAUUGAUAAAUUAAUAUCCAAAUAAUGUACUUGUUUGAUUUCUUAAUAAGUUGGGGGAGGUGGGCGGGAUGGGAAUUAUAAUGUGCAAAUGAGUAGUAAUCUCUACAUUUUCAGCAUAAAAUUGCUAAAUCGUAACACAUUGUUACUUUAAUAUAUGUAUAAAGAAGUAUUACUGUUUAUAAAGCUGCUGUUUGCUUUAAAAAGUUGUCCUGUAAGUAUUUUCUGUAUGUUGUGCCAACAGGUUAGAAUGUUAAUCUGCUAAAAACUCAGUUUCUUUUUUGAUUUAAGCAUUUUCUGUGAAAUAAUUUAUCUAGACAUCUUUCUCUGUGUCCUUUGAGCUUUUACACAUGUCACAGAAUCAGCCAAGCUGUUUGCUUAGUCUGAAACCUGAACCUUAAUGAAUGGUAAAAUUUACACUUUGUUGGCACAUCACAUCUUAAAAGUAUUUGUAUUAUUUUGUAAUUUAAUUUCUAACUAUACCACACAGAUUUAUAAUAUAAUGUCUUAAUGAUAAUGCUCUAAUAAAAACUCGAAGAAUCGGUCUGAGCUCUGA